UUGACGUUUACCAGAUGCAGUCGUAUCAGUUGUCUAGAGAAAAUCGUGCAGUAAGCUUGUGAUAAGUUGUCAAUUCAAUCGUGCGAAAGAAGUAUUGUGCAAUACAGAAUCUAAAUCGUUUCAAGAAACAAAGCGCUAAUUGCAUCAGAUAGUUGUGAAUUAAAUAAAAAGUCGAAAGAAAAAGCGAAAAACCUCCCGGAAUGCCACGACGUGGAAGGUCAGCUUCUCCGCCACCGGCGCAGCGUAGAUCGCCGGUAGCAGCGGCAGCGCCGCCUCGCCCUGCGCCGAGCCAGCCGAUGGUGCAGCAUGCUCCAACGUCCGCCGUUGGAGCCCCGAUGGCCGCUCCAAGCCAGGGUCCUGGAUUGAUGGCACAGAUGGCGGCUACCGCUGGAGGUGUUGCGAUUGGAUCUGCCGUCGGACAUACCAUGGGCCAUGCUCUAACCGGCAUGUUCAGCGGAUCGGACGAGAAGCAAGCUGCGGCUCCUGUCGGACAGGCCGCUGCUCCAGUGCAGCAGUAUGCUCCGGAAGGUAGCAGCAAUGCUGCAGGACCUUGUGCCUGGGAAAUCAAGCAGUUCCUGUCCUGUGCCCAAGGCCAGGCCGAUUUAACGCUGUGUGAGGGAUUUAACGAAGCACUGAGGCAGUGCAAGAUGCAAAACCACAUGUAAACGGGUCUCGAAAGGAAAACGGGAGAAAGACACGGCGAUUUGGCUCAACAGAAAUGUUGAAUUCGAAUGGAACUCUUCGGAGAAAAAGAAAAAAAAAAAAAGUCGUAGUCUAUUUGUAGUGUUCAUUGCGAUUAUUUUGGCCAAUCAACGAUUGAAUAAAAUCCAAAUCAAAUUAGUGGCCAAAUUAUCCCGUGUUAUCCAUCAUAGCUAUAGAAAGUUAUUUUUAACCAAUAUCAAAAUUGUGCUUUGCGAUGAGUUCUUUUUGUUGAUAUUUUUAUUUAGAAUCAAAUAAAACUAGCUUAGAAAGAAAA